GUAUCUUUCCCACCACCGUUUUUCUACUCGUCUUUAUUCUUCUUUCCUUCUUCCUGGGGUUAAGGGUUUUGGGUUUUCAUCUGACUAAUUGAAAGCUGUUGAAAUUCCUCUUAUGAAAGAGAGAAAAAUGGCGAAGGAGAUGAGAUUUGAUUGGAAAAUAUGGUCUUUUCACAAAUACAAGCAUAUCUUCGUGAGAAUUGCGGUUUCAAUACUCGUUUUAGGUCUUGUUUUUCGCUUUCUUUCCUCUCAAUCUGUCGUUUUUACAUCCGUCUCCGAGCGCCCAUUUAUUGAUAAAGUAAGCGCUCGUAAUGAUUCUGCUGCUGCUUCCGAGACGACAGCUCCCAACGAGGUGUUGGUGGUUGAAGAAGAUCUAGAAUCUCAGAAAGAAAAAUGUGAUCUUUUUACUGGAGAUUGGAUCCCGAACCCGUCAGGACCAGCUUACACUAAUGAGAGCUGCCAUGUUGUCGAAGCUCACCAGAAUUGUAUGAAGAAUGGGCGGCCCGAUUCAGGGUAUCUUUAUUGGAAGUGGAGGCCCCGGGAUUGUGAGUUAUCUCUGUUUGAUCCAGCGAGGUUUUUGGAUGUUAUGAGAAAUAAAUCCUGGGCAUUGAUAGGUGAUUCGAUUUCUCGCAACCAUGUCCAGUCAUUGCUUUGCACUCUAUCAAAGGUGGAAGAAGCUGUUGAAGUCUACCACGACAAGCAAUUCAAAUCCAAGACAUGGCACUUUCGCACCUACAACUUCACUCUUGCGGUGAUCUGGUCCCCUUUUCUAAUAAAAGCAGCCAUCUUUGAAGACAUCAACGGCGUCUCCACAUCUGAACCCCAGCUGUAUCUCGACACUCUUGAUGAGAAAUGGACUAAUCAAUAUCAGGUCUUCGAUUACAUGAUUAUUUCUGGCGGGCAAUGGUUCCUCAAGACAGCUAUAUACUUUGAGAACAACCAAGUUGUCGGUUGCCACUACUGUCCAGGGAGGAAUUUAACAGAACUUGGAUACGAGUACUCUUACCGAAAAGCCCUCCACCUGGUGCUCAACUUCAUCACUGCAUCCAACCACAAGGGUUUGAUUUUAUUUAGGACUUCCACGCCGGACCACUUUGAGAAUGGGGAGUGGUUCAGUGGAGGAACUUGUGAGAGGACAGUGCCAUUUAAAGAAGGGGAGAUUGGUCUGAAGGAUGUGGAUGAGGUACUGCGGGCAAUCGAGUUGGAGGAAUUCAAGAAGGCAGCAGCCAUAGCAUCUGAAAGUGGGGUCAACCUGAAGCUUUUGGAUACUAACCAGCUUUCCUUGCUGAGGCCUGACGGGCAUCCAGGUCCAUACAGGCAUUUUCAUCCCUUUGCUCAGGAUAAAAAUGCAAAAGUUCAGAAUGACUGUCUGCAUUGGUGCAUGCCAGGGCCAAUAGAUAGUUGGAAUGACUUAGUCAUGGAAAUAGCUCUAAAUGGUUGAUUGUUCUUUUUCAACAACAGAUCUCUAUAAUCUAAUCCCCCUUUUAUCAUGUUUAUAACCAAUGGAUUUCUGUGGAGUGGAAAGGGGUUUUAGUGAAUUGCUGGAUGGAGUUAGAAUUGGGCCAGUGUAUAGUAUGCAUCGUUUCGGACUAUGGUUUGCUUUCUGAAGCCUGCAAUUUGGAAGCUGAAGUUUAAUUGAGCUUGCAAUUCAGGAGCUAUGAGCUUCAUCUCCAUCUUGAAUUCCAGACUUAUGUAAUGUGGAGUUUCAAUUCGCCUGGAUUCUAUGUGUCUGUCAUCUCUUGUCCUUUCCCGAGAGUUGUCAAUUGUUUAGAGAGCGAAGAAGUGAUUAGGCAAAGAGUGUUAAUUUCAGAGAGUGAUUGCAGCUUACUGAAAUGUUCCUGAUUCAUCUGUGGACACUCCUUAUCAGCAGUUGGAACAUUUUAUGCAUUGUGAUGACGAGAA